CAAGCAGAUCAGCCGAGAAGAGAAAGGCUGAGAGUGAAAAGGCGAGGAGUAGGUCUCUGAAAAACGACAAUGUCUUCAGCUAUAUCGGCAAUGAAGAUCCUACAGCCACUCCAUCUUCCCACCACCGCCACCAGAUCUCCAGAAAACUCCCUCUUUGAUCCCUUCAAAUCCACUUCCUCCUUCCUCGGCUCAACCCACAAGCUCCGGUUCAAUUCUCUCAAGCCCUCUUCCUCUUCUCCCCGUCGAUCUGCCGUUGUUGCCAUCUCCGACGUCGUCAAGGAGACGAAGCGCAACUCCAACUCAUCCAUGGCCAAUCUGAUUACUAAAGAGGAAGGCCUGGAGCUUUACGAAGAUAUGGUUUUGGGUAGAGUUUUUGAGGACAUGUGCGCUCAGAUGUACUACAGAGGUAAAAUGUUCGGUUUUGUUCACCUCUACAAUGGCCAAGAAGCCGUGUCGACGGGAUUCAUCAAGCUCUUGAAGAAGGAAGAUUCUGUCUGCAGUACGUACCGUGAUCACGUUCACGCACUCAGCAAAGGUGUCUCGGCGCGCGCCGUGAUGAGUGAACUCUUCGGCAAGACCACUGGGUGCUGUCGAGGCCAGGGUGGGUCCAUGCACAUGUUCUCCAAAGAGCAUAACGUUCUCGGUGGGUUCGCCUUCAUUGGCGAAGGAAUUCCUGUUGCCACAGGGGCUGCUUUCACUUCCAAGUAUAGGAGGGAGGUUCUGAAGGAAGCUGACUGCGAUCAUGUGACGUUGGCCUUCUUUGGUGAUGGGACCUGUAACAAUGGGCAGUUUUUCGAGUGCUUGAACAUGGCGGCCUUGUGGAAAUUGCCCAUUAUCUUCGUCGUUGAGAACAAUUUAUGGGCAAUUGGGAUGUCACACCUGAGAGCCACUUCAGAUCCUGAGAUUUGGAAGAAGGGACCUGCUUUCGGGAUGCCUGGGGUGCAUGUGGAUGGGAUGGAUGUUCUUAAGGUAAGGGAAGUGGCCAAGGAGGCGAUCGCCAGGGCUAGAAGAGGAGAAGGUCCGACCUUGGUGGAGUGUGAGACCUAUAGAUUUAGGGGACACUCGUUGGCUGAUCCCGAUGAGCUUCGUGACCCUGCUGAGAAGGCUCACUAUGCUGCAAGAGACCCCAUUGUGUCUCUGAAGAAUUACAUGACUCAACACAAUCUAGCCAGUGAGGGAGAGUUGAUGGCCAUAGAGAAGAAGAUUGAUGAAUUGAUUGAGGAAGCUGUGGAGUUUGCAGAUGCAAGCCCUCUUCCUCCCCGCAGCCAGUUGCUGCAGAAUGUGUUUGCAGAUCCAAAAGGUUUUGGAAUUGGCCCUGAUGGGAAGUACAGAUGCGAAGACCCUAAAUUCACAGAAGGCACUGCUCAUGUGUAAGGUUUUUAAUUGUUAAUCUUCCACAUAGAGAGGCAAAUCUUUAGCUCACGGUUAGAAUGACCUCUUUGAUGGAUAUGCCAGUCUCCUAAAACUCAUUUUUUAGGUUAUGAGUUACCUCUCGCACAUAAGCAGGGUAUGUUCGAAA